UAUGUAUUGUGUUGAGGCGGUUGUGUUCCAUUAUUUUCUUUGCCGUAAAAAUAAAUUUUAUAAAUAAAUAGUUAAUAGAAAAUAUUGAAAAUGCCAAAAUCUAAGAUGGAUCAAUUCGAAAUGGAUACAAAGCCUCUGAAGAAAACAGCAAAACAGAAGUUUUCUGAUUUCUUUUACAAUGACGAAACGGGAGCGAUUAUGGGAAGAACUGCUGAAAGUUGGGGGAAAAUCAUAAUAUUCUAUGUGAUAUUUUACAUCGUUCUGGCAGCUUUGUUUGCCAUUUGCAUGGUGACGUUUCUCCAGCACUUCAUUAACCCUCGUGUGCCGAGGCUGCAGCAGGAUUACAGUUUAAUCGGUACCAGCCCCGGUCUGGGAUUUAGACCUCUCCCCCCUGAUGUACGCAGCACUCUCAUCUGGUAUAAAGGAACGGGCUACGACAGUUACAAGUAUUGGGAAGAUCAGCUAAUUGACUUUCUGUCAGUUUACAAAAAGAAGGGUCAAACUGCCGGUGCUGGUCAGAAUAUUUACAACUGCAACUUCAAGGACCUCCCUCCUCAAGGGAAGGUGUGUGACGUGGACAUCCAAAGUUGGGCGCCGUGUAUAGAAGAGAAUCAUUUCUCAUUCCAUAAAUCCUCGCCGUGUAUAUUUCUAAAAUUGAACAGGAUAUAUGGGUGGCGGCCGGAGUUCUAUAAUGAAACGAGUGUCUUGCCAACCGAAAUGCCUCUAGAUCUUCAAUAUCAUAUCAAAAACAUAACAGAUUACAAUCGAGACUAUGGUAAUAUGGUGUGGGUUUCCUGUCAAGGUGAAACUCCAGCGGACAAGGAAAACAUUGGGCCUAUAAAAUACUUGCCAGCCCCUGGUUUCCCCGGCUACUAUUAUCCGUACAAUAACGCUGAAGGUUAUCUGAGCCCGUUGGUCGCGGUGCACUUACAGCGGCCCAGGACUGGUAUAGUCAUCAACAUUGAGUGUCGUGCUUGGGCGAGGAACAUCAAGUACAACAGAAGAGAUCGUCUCGGUGUAGUUCACUUUGAGCUUAUGAUAGAGUAAUACACAGAGCUACUAAUAGCUUUUACACUCUGGUCUUUCCAAAAACCAAAGCGUAUGACACGAUAUUUUAUUAAAAAUAUUGGUACCAUUUAUAAAGUGUCGAUUUAUAUAUGGUCUACUGGAAAGACCAUUGUUUUAUUGCUCGGUCUUUUGAGUAGACCGAUGAUAAGUAGUAUCAUGGAAUCUCUUGAAACUAUUACUAUUUGUUUCAAUGGUAGAAUAGUAUGAUAUUUUGUUUGAAAAUGUUCAAUUAAUUAAAAAGCUAAAAUAUUAUUCUGUCAGAUUUUAUAAAACUUUUUUGGCUUAAUGUACGAUUUUUAAAUUUGGGAAUUAAUUAUAACGAUGUGGAGGCCUAUAUUCGACCAUACAACUAUAUUUGUUUUAACUGACUGAAAAUCAAAGACUUCUUCUAAAUAUACGUAACUGAACUGUCCUAGAGCUGACAGGAUUUAAUAUCUCGAAUUUAUUUAAUUUGGAAUGAAUAGGUUUGACGUCACAAAUGAGAGAAGCUAUAUGCCUAAGACGUUUCUUUUUAUUUUGAAAUUUCGUUUUUUUUUUAUUGUGUAACGUAACGUUAAGGUGAAGAGGUAAAAAAAGUUUUAUGAUAUUAAUUAAACCGUCCAUAAUAUAGCUGUAACUGUAACUUAAGAAUUUACAUAGUCCGUCCAAUAUAACUGUGCCUCUCGUACUUAGAUUUAAGAAUAAUUCUGAAUAUGGCUGCUCAUUUUAUUAUAUACAAUUGCCAUGUGAAAUAUAUAUUUUGUAAUAGUUUAUUACAGUUAAGUGGAAAUGUAUCAUUUUUUAAAGUCAAACCUUUGGACAUGGACAUCAUGAAAGUAAAUUGUCAGAUUUCAAACUACGUUUGGAACUAUUUUUCCAUUUUGAUAUGGAAAAAUAUUUUUCUACAGAAAGUUUAAAUAUAAUAGUCAUAUAAUCUUUUUUUUUUAAUUUCACUAGUGUGUACUUUGUAAUUUUAGUUGAUCUUAAUGGUUUUUUUUUAUCUGUCGCGUGCAGCUGAAGACUACAUUUUAAAUAUUUUACAUGAUAAAGAAAAAGAAAAUCAUAAGAAAAAUAUUUGUAGAUGGAACAUCUGAUAUAUUUUUAAGUACAUUUAUAUAUUUUAAAGUGAAAAAUAUAACACAUAUUUGAAUAAUCUGUUCAAGCUUCGAUCAUUCAAUUAAUGAAGAUGUGUGCUUAAUUCUUGCUUAAAUACUAUUUCAUAUAUUUUAGAUUCUUUACCUCUUGCAACUUUAUAUAUUUAAAAAAAAACUAUAUAACUUGACAAAACUAAUGAAUCUCAUUUACUUUUAUGUAACUUUAAUUAUUUAUAUAUUUUAUGUGAAUAUUGUGCUAUGUAAGUAAUAGUUUGUCAUUUUAUUUUCAGAUAUUUUUUUACGUUUUUUUAAUGUUAUAAUAAUGAUAAAUGAUCUGAUUUACGACGACUGUGUGUGCCAGUGCCACACAUUCGAUAUCCUGCAAGUUGAAAUGAAAUGCUAGGUCCGAAUAUAUUUUUUUAGAUCACAAUAUACCUAACGUCGUUGUCUAAAUGUUGUAUGAUAAAUGUUCAGUUCAACAACAUCAUUUAUAAUUUUACAAAAUUUCAUUUGCCUAAUAAUGAAUCUAUGACUUUUAAAAUAAGUUUUAUUGAAAUUUACUAUGUUUUGAAUAACCAUAGAUUAUAUAAGUAAUGAAAAUAAUAAAUCUUUGUUUGAACUUGUGCAUUUACUUUUUUAUGUUCAUCGUUAUAUAUUUUGUGUUGUACCAAUUAAUUCAACGAUAAGACUUUUUUAUAUUGUGUAGACUGUUUGUCCGUCCAAUGAUUGUAUAAUAUAAUCCCAAUGUGUGCCUCAGUGAUUUAGCAAUAAAAAUAUAGUUUUUAUAAA